UCCCAGUGGCUCCUGGUGUUGCGCGCAGCUGGCAUGGCUUCCGCGGGCGGUGUGCGGGAGGAAGCCGUUAGCGGUGCUCAGCUCAUCGCCGAGUCCCUCAAGGCUCAAAAUAUUGAAUACAUGUUUGGCAUUGUUGGUAUUCCAGUCACUGAAAUCGCAAUUGCAGCCCAAGCGGUUGGACUAAAAUAUGUAGGAAUGAGAAAUGAACAAGCUGCCUGUUACGCUGCAUCUGCUGUUGGAUAUUUGACUGGCAGACCAGGAGUAUGUCUUGUCGUGUCCGGGCCAGGUUUUUUACAUGCCCUUGGUGGGAUGGCAAACGCAACUGUGAAUUGCUGGCCUUUGAUUGUUAUUGGAGGCGCUUCUGACAGAAAUCAGGAAGCCAUGGGAGCUUUCCAAGAAUUCCCUCAGGUUGAAGCUGGUAGGCUGUGCAACAAGCUGUCUGUCCGCCCAAGCAGCCUAGAAGCUAUUCCUGCUGUUAUUGAAAAGGCUGUAAGAACCAGCAUAUAUGGUCGUCCAGGUUCCUGCUAUAUUGACAUACCUGGAGAUUUUGUGACUCUUCAGGUGAACAAGAGCUCUGUCAAGUACGUGGGAUGCUGCCUGCCACCUCCCAUCAGCACAGCUGAAAGCUCUGCUGUAUCCAGAGCAACAUCUAUCAUUGCUCUUUCCAAGCAGCCUCUGCUCAUCAUUGGCAAAGGUGCUGCUUAUUCACAUGCUGAAAGCAACAUCAGAAAGUUGGUGGACCUUUGUGGGCUGCCUUUUUUGCCUACACCAAUGGCAAAAGGAGUAGUUCCUGAUAACCAUCCAAAUUGUGUAGCUGCAGCAAGAUCAACGGCAUUACAGCAUGCUGAUGUAAUCAUCUUGCUUGGUGCAAGGUUGAAUUGGAUUUUGCAUUUUGGUCUGCCACCAAGGUUUCAAAAAGAUGUAAAGGUUAUUCAGAUUGAUAUUUGUUCAGAAGAGCUGGGAAAUAAUGUGAGACCAGCUGCAACUUUAUUAGGUGACAUAAAUGCCGUGACUGGACAGCUGUUGGAAGAGUUCAGCAAAAGACCAUUGAAAUAUCCUUCUAAUUCAGAGUGGUGGAAGAGACUACGAGAGAAAAUGUUGAACAAUGAGGAAAGAUCAAAGGGAUUAGCAUUACAGAAAUCUCUGCCUAUGAAUUAUUACACAGUCUUCCACCACAUCAGAGAACUGAUACCCAAGGACUGCAUCUUAGUAAGUGAGGGAGCAAACACCAUGGACAUUGGACGAACUAUGCUUCCAAAUUACUAUCCCCGUCAAAGGCUUGAUGCAGGUACUUUUGGAACAAUGGGAGUUGGACUGGGUUUUGCUAUAGCAGCUGCAAUGGUAGCUAAAGACCGAACACCUGAAAAACGAGUCAUCUGCAUAGAAGGAGAUAGUGCUUUUGGAUUUUCUGGGAUGGAGGUGGAGACUAUUUGCAGGUACAACUUGCCAAUCCUGAUUAUCAUCAUAAACAACAAUGGGAUUUACACUGGUUUGGGUGCAGAUGCCUGGAAGGAGAUGUUAAAUUUUGGAGAUCCUGCUACAUGUGUGCCUCCUGUGUCUCUCCUGCCAAAUUCACGCUAUGAGAUAAUUAUGUCUGCCUUUGGAGGUAAAGGAUACUUUGUUAAAACACCAGAAGAAUUGCAGAAUGCUCUGAAAACAAGCCUGACUGACAAGCAAACACCUUCUCUUAUAAAUGUAAUGAUUGAUCCACAGUCCGACAGGAAGAAACAGGAGUUUCCCUGGCUGACUCGUUCUAACCUGUAGUAGAAGAUGAUGGUGGUGCAAGGCAGUGUGUGAAGCAAAGCUGUAUCGGUUUCCAGAAGUGGAACUGGUACAACUCCAUUUUACAUAAACAUUGGAACAAAAUGGGAUUCUGGAACUGCUAUUAGAGGACUCUUUAAGAUGAAAAGAAAUUGUAAAAUGAAAGACACAAAUGAAUCUAUACCAGUCUUUCUAGCAGAUUGUGCAGGAACACUGAUGAUAUGAUCUUACACUACUCAAUGUAGAACUCAACAGGUUACUUUGUGUUGUCUUAAAUGCACAAGAGGUUCUUUGUUGUUAUAUAUGUAAGGGAAAUAUCUGGCUGUGACAUGGAUUUCGAUUGUUUUAUUGUCUAUUUUUCCAUUGACUUUAAGUGCCGGUUAACUAGUUAAAGGCACUUGUGCAGUAUCUGCUGCCAGGCCUACAGUUAGGUUUGUUGCAAAAAGCUUGGCUUAUUAGUGCUUGGACUUCAGUCUGGGUCUGGCAUGAGGCCAUGGGUUACUCUUAGGCAGAGGUCUAUCUCUGCAUGCUUUUGCAGAAAAAGAGCAUCAGACAUGAGCAAGAGUACCAUAGUCUGACUUGGAGGUACCACUGCUUGUUAUGGCUGUGGGAAGAGCCAGGUGGCAUUAACUGCUUGAGUCAAGACAAGGCAAUAUCCUUAGGAGGGCUGCUAACAAGUGCAGAAAGAUAAAAUUUGCAGAAUGAGUACAACUCAUGAACAAGUGUAUGGCUGCUGAGACAUCAGAGUUGCUGUGUUUCCUGGAGUACUCUGCAAGGAAUGUGGUAGAACAUUGCAUCUUGUCACCAAUUUUGUUUCAUUCUUUUUAACUCUCAGAAGUUGAUUUUAAUGUUGCAGUGAUUAAACACAAUCUGUUAUGAUGAUGUAAAAUAUCUGUAGGAGUUAAUGCUGCAACUGACCACAGGGGAGAUCAUGUGUGUUGGAUACACAAACACAGAAAUUCUUGGUUUAUAUUUGAAAAUUAAUAAAAAGUGAUUUUCAUA